ACUCGUAUUGACACACAACAUGAAACACGUGUUUACAAGUGCAUUGCAUCUCAAAAAAACUCCAAAUUAAUAAAAUUUACUAAUAUAAGUGAAAUUUUUCAAUAAUUGUAUAUCAGUAUUAAUUAAUUUAUUUAUUUGAAAAUAUAUUAGAUAAUAAAAUUAACGAUGUCUGUUAUUUCUACAAGAUCAACAAGUGUAGCAUCAAUUUUAAAGACACCUGGAUUAAGAAAAAAAAUUGCUAGCCAAAGCAAUAGGGUACGUUUUCGGCUUCCAGAUGAUCUCAAAAGUGUUUUAAUUAAUUAUGAAUCCGGACGUGAAACUAAACCUUAUGAAGAUCUUAUUUAUAUUGUAAGAGAUGCUCCAAUGAAGGACUCGGAAUUGAUACAAUUAUUAACACAAGUAAGACAGUGUAUCUCUCUAUUAGGACCCAAACAAAGGAUUUUUAUUGAAACUCUUCUUAAAAUUAAUUGGAUCAACAGGGAUUUAGAAGCAACAACUGCUUAUAAAGCCUUUUUGGAAGAUCUUGUUUGUGUUCAUAUUUAUCACUGCAAACUUAUCAUUGAUAGAUUGGUGUGUUUGUUUAGGACAAUUUCUGAUGAGAACAAAGAAAAGUGGAAAGAUGGAAAACCUCCAGAUGAAGAUAUUUCUAAAUUAUUUCAUGUGCAUGAUGUAUUAUUCAAAUUUUUAAAAAUUGUUCCCAUGUCUUAUUCGAUUCUUUUACAAUGUUUGUCGUCACAAUUUCCUUAUUUUAAACAUAAUAUGCAGUCACAUGUUGUCUAUGUACAUUCAGCACUCAAAAUACUUGAUUAUGCACCAGAAUUGCGAUUGGACAUUUUAUCAUUAAUUAUUAAUAAAUUAGUUGUAAUUGACGUUAAUGCUCCUCGAUCAGAAAUUGAAAAUCACAGGAAUAACUUAGACGAUGAUGAUGAAGUCUUCAAAAUUGAGUCCGUUAAUGAUAAAUCAUCUGAACAAUCGCGAGAACAUCCACUCGCCCUUACUCUUGAUAUGUGUAUGGAAAAGAUUUUUCAAUUUAUUCAUGACACUUGUUAUCCAAAUAAUGCAUUAAACAUGGAAAAUGUGAAAAAAAUAUACUUAGAAUUAUUGCAAAUAUUCGAAAAAACUAUUUUGCCAACAUAUGCAAGCCAUCAUGUUCAAUUUAUCAUGUUCUACAUUUGUAGCGUCAAAACAGCUGUAGCAGAAGCAUUUUUGAAUUGGUUGUGGCAUAAGGUAUCUAAUCCCAAUGUUCCAUCAAUAAUACGUCAAUCAGCUGUUGCAUAUAUUGCUAGUUUACUAGCUCGUGCUAAUUUUAUUCCAAUUGAUUUGCUGACGUCAUUGCUACAGAAAAUGGGUAAGUGGAUACAUAGUUACAUUGCGGCGCAAGAUAGUCUAGAGAGUGCUAACAGUGAUAUAAGAGUUCAUGCCGUUUUUUAUGCUGUAUGUCAAGCUGUUUUUUACAUCAUUGGCUUCAAACAUAGAGAUUUAGUAUCGACAAAGAAAAAUCUUCUUUUCUUGCAAAGUUUGAAUUUUACAAAAAUUAUUUCAUGUCAAUUAAAUCCAUUAAGAGUUUGUCUUCCGGUAGUAGUACAACAUUUUGCAACAGUAACACGCACUUAUCAAAUAGCUUACUGUUACACAGUAAUAGAGCAUAAUUCCCGAAGCAAUUUACCAGUUCUCCAGAAUUCUAGUCGAGUUACGACACCUAGACUUGAUACAUUUUUCCCUUUUGAUCCUUACAUUUUAAAUGAAAGUUCCCACAGAAUUUCUCCUCUUUAUCUACAUUACCAAGGUAGUAUGAACGUAGAAACUUCAACAGGAAACAAUAAGGAAGAAAAUGAUGAAGAUGAUUUUAUGGAUAUCUCGUAUCCACAAGAACAAGACUCUAACAAUCGUAAGGAACGAUUUUCUUAUAGUACAUCACCUGGAUUUAUUCAUUCAUAAAAAUAUAUAAUAAAAUAAAUUUUGAGCAGUAACGUCCGUGCAAUCAUUUAAUAUUAUAUUCAUUUUAUUAAAUAAAAAAUCUCAAAAAAUA